CCAGCUUUCUUCUCCUGCUUCACCAGAACUGCCGUGUCCUGGAGCUGCCUCUCUCUCUGAUGGCUUUAGAGCUCCAAAAUGAGCAGAUGCCUUUCUAAGAACACGAGUCCCUGUGUGGAAAACUUGUGUGGUGCAAGUGGUCCAGCAUCCACGGCAGCGCUCUGCGAAAUCUUACUGCCAAGGACAUCCCUUCAGGGGGCUUCCAAAGAUGGGGACCCCCUGCCCAGAGCCAUGAGGACGAACCGCUGCAGCCACCUGCCUGGAGUCCCUCCGGAGUGCCCACGCCCCACGGCCCCCGAUGGCAAGAGCCUGCCCAGCAGCAGCAGCAGCGGGGGCCUGGCCACCAGCUGUCCCCAGUAUGUCAUGCAGGUGUCCUCCAAGGAUGGGCAGCUGCUCUCGUCCGUCGUGCGGACCCUCGCCGUGCAGAGCAGCCCCUUCAAUGACCGCCCCAUCUGCAGGAUCUGCCAUGAGGGCAGCAGCCACGAGGAGCUGCUGUCCCCCUGUGAGUGCACGGGGACGCUGGGGACCAUCCACCGCAGCUGCCUGGAGCACUGGCUGUCGUCCUCCAACACCAGCUACUGCGAGCUCUGCCACUUCAGGUUCGCCGUGGAGCGCAAGCCCAGGCCACUCCUGGAGUGGCUGAGGAACCCUGGCCCCCAGCAUGAGAAGAGGACACUCUUUGGGGACAUGGUGUGCUUCCUCUUCAUCACCCCGCUGGCCACCGUCUCCGGCUGGCUGUGCCUGCGAGGAGCCGUGGACCACCUGCACUUUAGCAGUAGGCUGGAAGCUGUCGGCCUCAUUGCACUCACUGUGGCACUCUUCACUAUUUACCUCUUUUGGACCCUGGUGUCCUUCAGGUACCACUGCCGGCUGUACCACGAGUGGCGUCGGAACAAUCAGCGGGUGAUGCUCCUCAUCCCAAAAUCUGCCAACAUCCCCUCCACCCAGCAGUCCCUGCUGGGCCUGCAGCCCCUCAAAAGGAGCUCCAAGGAGACAAUUGUGUGAUUUGGGGUGGGGCUGUACACUGAAGGUGUUUCUUUCUCAGACUGGCCGGGGCCGGGGCAGCGUCCGGCACCCAGGAAUGUGCAAUUUGGAUUUAUGGACCGACUGCAGAGGGAAAAGUCACAGCCAGAAUUCAAGUCAUGGAUGCUGCAGUCAUUUGUGGCAUUUGCUAAGCUGCCAAACGUGUUUAGUUAGCAGGGACCCUAUGGAUUCUGCAAAUAUGUUAAUUCUUGCGUCAUAGAGUGAUGCAAACUUUUUUUAUUUUGUUUAAAGUAUUAAACUAUGGUAAUUAACAAUGCAAAACAGGUUUAAAAAGUGCUUUGUUUUUAUGAUUUCUUGCUCCUACAGUACUGUUUCUUUAGGCAGCUGGACAGUAACCAAUAUUUCUUUCUGCUUCCUAAAGCACAGCAAUGGCAUUUCCUCAUUUGAUUUUAUCUGCAGGUCCAUUAUACCAAUGUUUUGAUUAUUAAAAUUUGUGUGUAAUGAGCUCUAGAAAUUGGCACAUUAUUUAAAUGCUACAAAGUGAUUAGAAAAUCCUAUUACCCAUUUCUUAUUUGGCAGAGAAGGCCUGACAGGAAGAUUCUUCAGUUAUGAAUCUAGCAGCCACAAGAAAAAUUUAAAAAUUAGACAAAUUGCAGCAAUCUUCCUAUCAAAAGUAUUAUAGUACACAGCACUCAGGAAAAAAAAGAAAAAAAUGUACUUUUCCAUGAAGAAGCACCACAUUCUUCAGUGAGGUGCACAUUCUGCUGCUGUGAAUUCAAACUUGGCCAAUUUAUCCUGCAUUUACACCAGGCUGAAUUUAACUCAACAGCUUACUUUUGUAUAGGGAAAGCUCUGCAUACAUAAUGAAUGAGAUCAUCAGAUAAGUUUUAGGAAGCAGGGACUCAUCUUGCAUGAAGAACAGCAUUAUUUUAAAGCAGCAGAAACUCCAGCUUGACAGGUAGGAUUUAGCAGAGUGUGUGCAAACCCUGACCUCUCAU